UUAUUUUAAAACAGUAUCCAACCACAAAGAGGAAACUGCAGCAUCACCUACAGAUCUGCUGCAGAGAAGAAAAGCCUCACACGACGUCUGCCUGCUGACAGAGAACGACACAAAAUGUCUCUGUUGGGAUUAAUCUUUAUUUCUGUGCUCCAGAUUGAAGCAGGUGUCAGUGGAGAAGUUAAAUAUCUCUACAGCAGAGCUGGACAUUAUGUCAUCCUGUCCUGUGGCAGAGCAUCAUCCUCUGAUCCAACAUGCUCUGAUGUUACAUGGCUGUAUGACAAAGAUCGAGCUCAGACUUUCACUGAAGUUUCAGGAGGAAAAGUUAAGCUGGACUCAGUCCGAGCUGUCAGGUUGAGUCUGGACACUUCCUGCUCUUUGAUCAUUAAAAACAUCACUGCUGAGGACGCUGCUUUCUACACCUGUCGACAGGGGGACUAUGGUCACCAUACAGAUACAUCUACAUAUCUAAGUGUUCUGACAAUCUCUCCAUCUCCACCAGACGCUGAUCCAAAGAGGGACGCUGAAGUCACAUUAGAGUGUUCUCUGUUCAGACACAUUGAUCUCCAUCACUGUCCACAGAUCAGCAUCCGCUGGAUGGAUGAGACAAGAACUGUGCUGCCUGGUGAAGGUGAAGGGUACAAGUUCCAUGGACAGAAGAACUGUGUGUCUUCUCUCACUGUGAAGCGUCAGAGUGGCCACAACAGGAGAUACACCUGUAAGGUGGUUGAUGAGGAGAACAAUGUGGAGAUAGAAGCUGAGUACACACCUGUCUUCACAGGAGACCAUCAGUCAGACACACCUGGUACAGAUCACUCUCCUGACCUACAGACCUACAUCAUCAUGGGUGCAGCGGGCGGUGUGGUGGUCGUGGUGGUCGUCAUCAUCGCUGCUGUUCUCAUCAAACACAGGAAGAGAGCCAAAGUGACAGUCGAUGGUCAAAAAUCAGCCCAACACCCCGAUGAGCCAGAGAGCAAUCUGACCUACGCCACUGUUAGCCACACUAUCCAACAGGCCCCCAACAAGAAACAGGUCAAAGAGGAAGAGGAAGUCACUUAUUCAACAGUCAAGACUGCAGUGCAGACAGAAGCAGAUGAUGAUCCCAGCUGCCUCUACAGCUACAUCAGCAAACCAAAAUGAAUCAGAGAGGGAAUGAAACUUACAGCUGUAAUGUCAUAAUCAAAAAAACAACAUUGAAACCUGACAGUUUGUUCUGUGCUCUUAUCAAAUGUUUAAGUAUUAGUAUUUGCUUCUGGCUUUGCUGUGCUGAUAGCAGAAGGAGUCUGUGGUCCAUUACUCAGCCCAAAUUUGGCAGCAUGAUUGUUUUGGGUUUUUUUUUUGUUCUUAUUGCAAUAGAUAGAUACAGAUAACAUCUUUGUAAGCUAACACACUUAGUAUUUGUCAGUGUUCUGUUUGUUCAACUGGAAAAAGAAUGGAAUAGUUGAAUAGUAGCUGUAGGCAAGUUCUCACGGUGAUAGGGAUUUUAAUUUGCACACUUUUAGUGAACAUAAUGUAGGAUCCAGUCGUGCCUCACCUUGGGAUUAAGCAUCGUAAGGUCAGGCUUUAAGCCUAAUUUAUUGUUUUCAUGUUGCUGUUUUUUGUGAGAUUCUUUGUGUGUUGAUCCAUUUUCCAAGUCUAUGUUCCUCAUCUUUGACCUGCAAAAAAGGAAAAUUGCUUUAAUAAUACUCAUUUUGACCACAAGAUGCUGAAGUGCACCUCCACCUCGUGUUCUAAAUGGGACUUAAAGCAUUAAAUUCCAGGGGUGUUUAAAAUUACUCCAUGCACUCUUAACACAAUAUACAUCUAUUGUGUGUUAAUUGGUUAUGUCACACCACUGUCAGUGUCUUUCUUUUGGUGAAGAAUGUGUUAUAAAUGGCUGUAAUCUGCGGUCAGUGUCGUGGGUGGAUAUAUUGUGUAUUAUCAACAAGUCAGAUCAAGCAGUCGCAUCUAACAGCCUCAUUAUGAUACACGAGCCUUUCUAUGUUCCAUUAUAGGUCGUGGUUAUAAUGGUUACUGUCAGUUGCAGCAGUUAGAGCACAGUACUUUUGUGAUUUCUUAUGUUUCAUGUUCAAAAUACCAUCAUGACACCAGCGGGGUACAUCUGUUGGGAACCUGGCUUUAUCCCUUCAGUCAGUAUACACACCACCUGAAGCGAGUUUUUUGAGAAAUUAAGGAACUUUGUAAGAUUAUCUUGGCAAACCUUUUGUUUCCCCUCACGGUUUCUCAAGCCAGAGAUGAGAGAGAAAAAACUGCAUUAGCACUGCUGUGAUAAGCCCAUGUUGUCUAUACAGAACUAAACUGUAUGUCAGUCUAGUUAUGCGCUGUGUUGCUGGUUAAGGCAGUGAGUAGAUGUAAUGUGCUUACUUGUAUUUCUUAAUGAUAGCCUCUACCUGCACUCCACUUGUUUUGGCCUUGCCCACACUUCGUCCAUCGUGUAACAUUAAAAAAUCGUUGUGUGUGGA